GGGGAGGAGUGGUGUGCUGCUGGGGAGAGCCGGGCUUCGCGAGCCCAGAAGUGGCGACUGGAGCGAGCUGCCGCCGCUGCCGCUGCCGCCGCCACCUCCUCCCCUUCCUCGUUCGUACCUGACCGGCAGGACAGCAGCAGCAGCAGCAGCGAGGUCCGCUCGGUCGCCUGGCUCGGGCGGCGGCGCUGCUAGCCGAGGAGCGCCUGGUUCUCCGCUCGCCCAUGGCUUCCUCCGGCAGCGGCAUGGAGGAGGUGCGCGUCUCGGUGCUGACCCCGCUCAAGCUGGUGGGGUUGGUGUGCAUCUUCCUGGCGCUGUGUCUGGAUCUGGGAGCCGUGCUGAGCCCGGCCUGGGUGACGGCCGACCACCAGUCUUACCUCUCCCUGUGGGAGUCCUGCGAGAAACUCAACAACCCGGAGACCUGGCGCUGCAUAACUACCUUGAACAGCGACUGGCAGAUCGCUACACUUUCUAUGCUCUUGGGUGGUGCCGCCAUAAUUCUUAUAGCUUUCUUGGUUGGAUUAAUUUCUAUCUGUGUGGGAUCCCGGAGGCGGUUCUACAGACCAGUUGCUGUCAUGCUGUUUGCAGCAGUGGUUCUUCAGGUGUGCAGUCUCGUCCUUUAUCCAAUCAAGUUCAUCGAAACGGUCAAUUUGAGAAUAUACCAUGAGUUCAACUGGGGCUAUGGACUAGCUUGGGGUGCAACUAUAUUUUCAUUUGGGGGUGCCAUACUGUAUUGCUUAAACCCUAAGAACUAUGAAGACUACUAUUAAAGGGGGCUACUUUAAAAAGCAGCAGCAGCAGAAGAAAUAACACAAGGAUUGUUCUGUUUUUUCUAACUCUGUGUUUUUAGAACUUUUGUAGAUUGUCCAGGAGUCUGCCCUGUUGAUUUAUCAGCCUUUACUUUGGGCUACAACUCUUGCAAUUAACUUUUUAACACCCCUUUAAAAGAAUGGCAACAAUUACACUUGUUCAUCAGUACAUUGGCAAAUGCUAUAAGCUGCUGAUACAUUACCUUUGGUAAGCAAAGAUCAGUACCACUUGAGGACGGAGGUGGCAGCAGUCGUCAUGAGAAACAAGCUGGAAUGAAAAUAUGGCACCUGCAUUUGCUGUAACCUGCAAGGGAGUAGCUGGCCUAAGUAGAAGCUCCUUUGUAUUAUACAUGAUUCAAAUUCAAAUUACACCACUAUGUUGUAUUGGUGCAUUGGGACUUUUGCUGAAACAAACUUCUAAAUGAUGGGAUGCUGAGAAAAGCGAACAUAGUUGAAAGUACAUAUUAAUCAGCUAUUUCCUGACAACACAAGUUUGUACAUUUGGCAAUCCACAUUUUCCUGCCAGCGGUGGUAUAUCAGGAAGUCAAAACUUGGAGCGCAUUCUUCUAAUUAUGUGGUUGGACUUUGUGUCUCGGCUGUAACCAAGUGUAAGCAGAGAAGGACACUGAAUCUGUUGACUUCCGUGAGAGAAUAAAAAGAAGAGAAUACAUGCAUGAGAUGUGCUAGUUCUGAGCAUCUUUUGAUUUCCAAACACUGCAGUAAGGUUUCCAUAAGGAACAAAUAUUUUUAUAGAAGGCGUUUAUUGGUGUUACUAUCAAGAGAGAACAUAGAUCAGCUCAACCUAUUCUUAACAGUGGGCUGAAACAGUAAAGGUUUGAAAUGAAUCUACUGUAGAUUUUCAAGAACUGUUUCUGAAUAUUGAGCAGUCUUCAAAAUAUUUUAAUGAAUCCUUUCCCAUAUGAAUUUCUUCUCAGAAUGCUUGAUUUAAAGCUUGAUGUGCCAGAUUAGAAUAGGGUGAACCAAGUGCUUGCAAAGUUAGAAAACAUGGCGUUGGCUUCAUUUAGAUGAUGAAGCUGGAUUCAACUACCUGUUCUGUUAGCAGAAACCAGCACAAGGACUCUUGCUAAUGCAACAAGACUUUCCCCGUUCUCCAGUCCCUCCUUCAAAUCUAUUAUGGAGAGUUGGGAGAACCCCCAGAACAGCACGUGAUGGGUGAUUGUCCUAUCAGGAAAGCAGAAAUGUUUGCACUGAUGGAACAAUCUCCUUAACACUACAUGGAAUUCUACCCAUGGUUUAUUAUAACAGGAAUGAGCGUAGGCAACCCUCAGGCUUGUGGGGGGGGCAUGCCCUCUCCUCUUCUGGUUUAAAAUAUUUUCAUAUGGCUUUUUAUUAACUAAGGCUUGUUGUCUUGUUAAAACCCAACAAAAUGUAAAAUGUAAAGGUAAAGGGACCCCUGACCAUUGGGUCCAGUCGUGACCGACUCUGGGGUUGCGCGCUCAUCUCGCAUUAUUGGCCGAGGGAGCCAGCGUAUAGCUUCCAGGUCAUGUGGCCAGCAUGACAAAGCCACUUCUGGCAAACCAGAGCAGCACACGGAAAUGCCGUUUACCUUCCUGCUGUAGCAGUUCCUAUUUAUCUACUUGCAUUUUGACGUGCUUUCGAACUGCUAGGUUGGCAGGAGCUGGGACCGAGCAACGGGAGCUCACCCCGUCACAGGAAUUCGAACUGCUGACCUUCUGAUCAGCAAGCCCUAGGCUCUGUGGUUUAACCCACAGCGCCACCUGGGUCCCCUAACAAAAUGUAGUUAAUCCUAAUAAUGUUUUGCUCAAAACAAGCCAUCUGCAAACCGUGGAUGAAGCUGGUUCCACAUUUUAGGGUUAGACAUAACACUAAAGUGCAGUUAAUCAAAAUAUCAGUUAAUCUGAUAUCACAGCUUCACCAGAGAAGAGGGCUUCACUUUGGCUUUUUCACAUCAUGAUAAACCAUGGUUCUAGUUACAGGUAGGUAGCCGUGUUGGUCUGACACAGUCAAAACAAAAUAAUAAUAAAAAAUUCAUUCCAAUGGCACCUUAGAGACCAACUAAGUUUGUCAUUGGUACAAGCAUUCGUGUGCCUGCACGAAAUUGGUAUCUGAAGAAGUGUGCAUGCACAUGAAAGCUCAUACCAAUGACAAACUUAGUUGGUCUCUAAGGUGCUACUGGAAGGAAUGAUAAACCAUGGUUAAUCAUUAUAUCCAAAUGCAGCCAUGAUGUCUAUUUGGCAGAGGCACUAUGAUAAUGAGAUAGUUAUGUAUAUAAAAAGGCCAAUGUAAUAUUGUUUUAAAAUGAAAGUUUCUAUAGAUAUUAAUAUGAUAUUAAGAUGGAGUAGAAGAAAAAUAUCUAAUUUCCAAAUGGUAGUGAUUGGCUCAAAAAACAUAUACUGAUAGGUGGAUCCCAAUGGAGGGAAGUUAUUACAGAGUUUUAUUGGUAAAUGAAAUCAUUAAAAUAAAUAAUGCUUUCUAUGACACAACUAAAAAUUCCUGAAGAAGAAAAAUAUACUAAUGUGGGAGAUUGCUGUUUCACUUAUAUUUUAUUUUUUAAAGUAAUCCAGUGAACAUAUCUUUUCUGUAAGAGACUAGCUGUUACAAAAAUUCUAAUUUAACAGUAUAGUAUCAGUAUCACUAUUUUCUCCUCAAAAUGUAAUGGAUUGGCUGACAAUUAUUUGCAUUGAUCUCAGCUUGUUUAAGUUAUUUCUUACUUAAAUUUUGCAAAAAAUAUAUAUAAAGUAUUUAAGACCCAAGAUUAAUAUCUGGGGUAGAAAAUUUAAAUCACAACGUAACAUUUAUUUUUGUUUACAAUCAGCUUAUUAGGUAUUUUCAAUUCUGAAAAUAUUUUUAUACACUGUAUACAAUUCUAAGAUACAUAUUUAGAAACAAUUAUUUUUGUUAAAUGGAAAUUAAGAUAUAUCCUAGCAUGGAUUUUCUUUAAGAGCACAGUCCUCAAAACUAUAGAACUAUAGUUCUUUAAUGUUAAGACCUCAGAAGUAAUUUUAAUUACAGCAAAUCAGAGAGAGAUUAAAGGUGUGUUUUAUAAAUCAUAAAACCAUGAUAAAUAUGUUUACCCAUGCCAUUAUUAAAAAUGCAAUAUUGUUUUAUAAAAAAUAAACUGUACUCUGAUCUGUGUGCAAACAUAGGUUUGUGCAUGAUGCAGAGGGAGCGGUAAGAACCUGCACAUUCAGCAACAAGAGUGCAUCUGUGGUGAUCCUGGAAAAACCACAGCCUUUCAGAUGUUGUUGGGCUACAGCUCUCCCCAUUCAUGACCAUGCUGGCAGGAGUUGGUAGUCCAGCAACAUCUGAAUGGCCACAGGUUUCCCCACCCCUGCUGCACUACACAUACACUGGCAGAACCGACUUAUUAUUAGUGCAGUCAGCUCCUUCUUACCCUUCAUCCUGCAACAGAUGCUAACCAUGGUGAUAGGUAGCUGAUGGAGCACAAUAAGACAAAACAAAACAAAUUAUCUGUAUGUAGCUAUAAAUUCAUCCAAGAAGGAUAGAGGGUAUUUAGAAUGAAAAGGAGAAUCACUGAAUGUGCAGCACAGGUAGCAAAGGAUUUGGGCAACUGAGACUGGAAUGUACAUUCACAGGUGACUGAAGCUUAAACAAGCCAAAUUUAGCAAGUAUGGUGGCAUAUUAUUGUUAUAUUCUGGACUGGGAUGUUAGGCUAUUGUUUGGCUCUGCAGAGUUGUAAAUAUAUAUGCGAUAAUAUAAAAUUUCGAGCUUAUGGCAUUGGAAAGCCCAGUUGUGGCCACCAUUUUCAAUGAUGGUGCCAUAUUUUUUUCUUCCAUAAUAUAAGAUACUUCUAUUUCUGUGCACACUCCCAUAUGCACUAGAGCCCAGUGACAAUGCUUUGUAUGAUGAAAGGCAUCAGUUCAUUCAUGUACAGCAGGGAUGGGAAACCUGUGGCCUUCUGGAUGUUGUGGGACCUCAGAUGUGAUCAGCUUCAGCCAGGGGUCAUUGGGGUUGUGGUCCAACAACAUUAGAAGUGCUGAGAAAAAUUCAUGGGCAAGAGUUUGGAUAGCUGCCGCCAGAGAAGAUCGUACAAAAGGCAGUUUCAUCUUUUUAUAAGUAGUUGCCAGUGUGGGGCUUUCAUUUUAUUUCAAGUUGUAAACAGUGGUAACUUGUAGCUGAAGUGAAGGCCUGACUCUAUUCCAUAGGUUUAACUUCCUUUGACAACUUGUGCCACAGAGUCCUGCUGUUUGUGUGAUUUGAUUUACCGCACAUUACAUACAGGUUUGUUACUGUGCCCAUGGUUUAGAUCGGUGGGGAAAUAGUUUGGUCUUCUUGACUAGAUACUCCAGCUUCCAUUGAAAGAAAAUGGACUACAGUAUAGCAUUGCAUUCAAUGUUAGAGAAGACCCCUUGAAAUUAAUUGACAAAACUAUUUUAGGUGUGUUAAAUUCUGUGGGUCUACUCUGAGUAUGGCUUAAUUGGAUACAGUUCAUAAUUUUACUGUGUUUUUGUAACAGCAAUCAGAACAAUUAGCUAUAGCACAAGUACAAUGUUUUUGAGUCUUUACCAUAAGAAAUACAGGAUUUUUUUUUGAAGGAAUGAAAAAUAUUUCAUCUUGCCCCACCCUGUUGUCCCUGUUACCUCAGUGCAGAUUUUAAUGCUUCAUUUACACCUUUGAAAUAUUGACAGUUCUACCUUGCAUAGGGUUUCUGUACUGAAUUAUAAUGCACAUCAGAAAUACCCUUUUCUGUCUACAGGAUUAGACACUUUGGUGUUUGAUUGUAUUUGUAAAAGAUCACAUUUUAAUGUAUGAUUAUCAUUAUUGUAUUGAAUUGUUAGCACUCAGUUGUAUUUGGCUUUAUGUCACUAACAAGAUGAAUUCUCACACUACACAUAUAUUGUUUUCACUUGCAGAUGCGCGUGCACACACAUAAAACUAUAUAUAACAAAGCUGCAACCAGGGCUAGAUAUUUGUAUUUUUAAAGCUUAAAGUAUUCUGUCCGGUGCUGACAACUAUCUAGGACCUCUCUUGGAUUUCCUGCACAACUACGUUCAGCUUUUGUAAGCUCAACAUGUAAAUUUUAAAGACAUAAAUAUAGAGAGAACUAUGUGUUUGAAAUAUAAGUGAGAGAUAUAUAGAUAUAUAUAUAUGGAUUAGCAUGUAAACUGUAUAUUAUUAAACAUGCAAUGAACUGACUGAUAAAGUGAAGUUUAAUCUUAUGACUAGCAAUGUAAUUUAUUCAGACUGUAUUUUUGUACAGAACAGUGCACACUAACCUAUUGCCUCUGUGUCCUCUAUAAUGCCUAAAACUGUGCCUAGAGAUUUCAUUUCUGUCUCUUGACAAUGAACAAUGAAGGGUUCUUCAUGCUGUUGAUGGUAUUAGUUUCUUUAAUGUUUUUAUAAUUUAUUUUUUUUCUAAGUGUAUGCUAUGUUUUAUUAAACAAUCCAUCAAAAUGUGGUUUAUCUUAGUCAUGGGGAAAGCUGUAAAUGUACUUUUUUAAAAGAAAAAGAAGAAAUCAAAACUUGGUGGGGUGGUUUCCCCCCCUUUCAGUUUGUAGUAUUACCAUUUCACAACUUUUGUAGCUAACAUUAGGUUGUAUGCUGAAAAAGUAACCCAAAUAAAAAAAAUCCUGAUACAUAAAUA